AAGAGCUACUAGCAGCGGAGUUCGGCCACGUCAGGCACUUCUUUCUGGCCUCUCACACUGGGCUCCCGCUGCGAUGACGAAUCGGGCUCCUGGAUCGGCCUCCGCCUCGGCGAGUACAACGAACUCGCAAGGAGUGCUUAUGGUUGGCCCCAAUUUCAAGGUGGGAAAGAAAAUCGGUUGUGGAAAUUUUGGUGAAUUACGCCUUGGAAAAAACCUGUACAACAACGAACAUGUGGGAAAGAAAAUUGGUUGUGGAAAUUUUGGUGAAUUACGCCUUGGAAAAAAUCUGUACAACAACGAACAUGUAGCUAUCAAGUUGGAGCCGAUGAAGAGUAAAGCUCCACAACUUCAUUUGGAAUAUAGAUUUUAUAAGCUUCUAGGACAGUCUGAAGGACUUCCCCAAGUUCAUUAUUUUGGACCAUGCGGGAAAUAUAACGCUCUGGUCAUGGAGUUACUUGGGCACUCCCUAGAGGAUCUGUUCGAUCUCUGUGAUCGCCAUUUUUCGCUUAAAACAGUGGCAAUGGUGGCAAUGCAGCUGGUAAGAUAACU